AUGGCGCAACCUGUCGACCCGGCGCAAACUGCCGUUCCCUCCGAAUCUCCCGCUCCAGUCUCCGCGACCGCCCAGUCGCAGCAGAAACCACAGUCGGCCCCCGAGAUGAACCCGGAAGCGUCGACCGGCGGCGCAUCCAAGCCCGCAAAGCAACAACCCAAACAGCCCAAACAACCCUCCAAAGCGAAAGAUGGCCCGGCCGAUGGCGGCGCUCCGGCGGGAGGUGAAGGCCUGUCUCCCGCGGAAUUGAAGAAGAGAGCCAAGGCCGAAAAACAAGCCCGGAGAGCCAAAGAAAAGGCCGAAAGAGAGCAAGGUGCGGGCGGUGGUGCGGGUGGACCUGGCGCCCAUGCUGCAGGGAAGAAAGGCUCUGCAGGAGGUGGUGCGGGUGGGAAGGACGCUGGCGCCGGAUCACAGCAGAAAGGCCAGCGACACCGUCGUGGAUCCGCGCAGGCCGGUACUCCGGCUGCUGCGGCGGAACAGAAGAAGAAGAAACAAGAGGACAAGAACGUCGCCGUCUUUGGUCAUCUGUAUGGACAGCCGCGACGGACGACAAUCGCCGGCGCUGCCAAGGAAGUCCACCCGGCGGUUCUGGCGUUGGGAUUGCAGAUGAGGGAUUACGUGGUUUGUGGUAGCAGUGCGCGGUGUGUGGCUACGUUGCUCGCGUUCAAGCGUGUUAUCGAAUCUUAUACUACCCCUCUGGGCACCUCCCUUUCCCGUCACUUGACUACACACCUGUCGCACCAGAUCACCUACCUCUCCACAUGUCGUCCCCUCUCCAUCAGCCAGGGUAACGCCAUCCGUGCGCUCAAGCUGGCGAUUUCCUCCAUCGACCCGUCCGUCCCCGAAGCGACGGCCAAGACCACGCUGAGCGAGUUUAUUGACAGCUUCAUCCGGGAGAAGAUCACCGUUGCCGACCAGGUGAUUGCCGGUAGCGCAGCGCAGAAGAUCCAGGACGGCGACGUGAUCGUGACAUUCGCGGGCAGUUCAAUCGUCAAGCAAACUCUUCUCACGGCGUACAAGCAAGGCAAGAAAUUCCGCGUGUCCAUCAUCGACUCGCGCCCGCUGUUCGAGGGCAAGACGCUGGCCCGCACCCUGGCCAACGCCGGUCUCGACGUGCAGUACUCGCUCAUAAACGGCAUCAGCCACGCCAUCAAGGAUGCCACCAAGGUCUUCCUCGGCGCCCACGCCAUGACCAGCAAUGGACGCUUAUACUCCCGGGUCGGCACCGCGCUGGUCGCCAUGUCGGCUAAGGAACGCGCCGGCGGUGUCGAGGUCCCCGUGAUUGUCUGCUGUGAGACGGUGAAAUUUACGGACCGCGUGGCGCUCGACAGUAUCGUCGUCAACGAAAUCGCCGACGCCGACGAGCUCGUCGUCAAUGAGCCCCCACACCAGGUGACCCAAGUCCCCGACCCGGCCGCCGCCGCCGCCGCUCAGGCCGACUCGAAGAAGGGCGGCAACAAGGGUGCUGCGAAUUCCGCGCCGUCGGAAUCCACGCUCGCCUCCAAAGACUCGUCCCCGCUUAGUAACUGGAAGGACACCCCAAAUCUCCAGCUACUCAAUAUCAUGUAUGAUGUCACUCCGGCCGAAUACGUUGACAUGGUGGUCACGGAGAUGGGCAGUCUGCCGCCCAGUGCGGUCCCGAUUGUGCACCGCAUGAGCACGAACCUGUAG